AUGAUUGAUACAGGAAAAGAGAAAUUUGAUCUGCUGCGAGACAGGAGAGUAACAAAAAUACUUUGUAAACAGGGUAUGGAGAACUGUAGUGUAUCAUGGAUACUUGGUCAUGAUGGCAAAGAGGAGCACGGGUUAAAUAAUCCGAGUGGUAUCGCUACCAACUCAAGCGGGCAUUGUAUUUUAAAAGACUGUGGCUUGAAAAUCAAGGUGUUUGACAACAGUGGCAAGUUUGUGCGACUUUUCAGACUUCCUCCCCUUAUUGAUGACAGCCGUAAAGAGCUAUCGAUUGACAGCUGGCCGGUUUAUCUGGCCUCAGACAUGAAUAACAACAUUUAUGUGCUGGUCAAAGAAAAGUCGAGUCGCGAGCGCUGGAUUUAUAAGUUUAACGAAAGCGCUGAACAGCAUCACAGGUUUCGUGUCAGGACAACGGAAUUCGACUUUAAGCUGUGUAAACUGUUAGUCAGUGAUAGUGGUAAAGUGGUGGUACUGAAGAGUGACAAAGAAAUGGAAGUGACAAAGAAAUGGUCUGUUGUGGAUGUAUAUGAGACUGAUGGUCAUUUUGUUUGCAGUUUUGGAGAACAAAUCUUGAGUUACUCGUACGGCAUCACUGCUGUAAGUGAUGGCAGAGUCAUGGUGGUGGAAAAAGGGGAUCCGUCGUGUGCUCACAUAUUCAGCGAACAAGGUGACCAUCUGCACAGUUUUAAUCUGAAAAAGGCUCUAAGAUAUUUACAAAUUGCAUUUUACAAGGAAAGUAAACAAGUCGUCAUAGCUGGUGUUAAGGGUAUGAUUUCAGACAUCUUGUAUAUAGAAAUAGAUACCAAUGAUGGUAAGUUGAUGCAAAGUAUUUCGAUCUAUUUGGUAGAGUUCAACAUAGCUCCAUUUGGGAUUGCAGUGACUUCUGAGGGACGCGUUGCAGUAUCAAUCAUGUCUGACGAUUUAAAACCUAAAGUAAUAAUUAUUUAA